AGUUUUGAUUUUAUAACAUCCUGCUAAUUUUUGUUCUUACAGAAAUACACUUUCGGGAAAUGGCCUCUAAAUCCUGGCUGAAUUUUUUAACCUUCCUCUGUGGAUCAGCAAUAGGAUUUCUUUUAUGUUCCCAGCUAUUUAGUAUUUUGUUGGGAGAACAGGGUGACAUCCAGCCUAAUGUUCUUCAUAAUGAUCCUCAUGCGAGGCAUUCAGAUGAUAAUGGACAGAAUCAUCUAGAAGGAGAAAUGAACUUCAAUGCAGAUUCUAGCCAACAUAAAGAUGAGAACACAGACAUCGCUGAAAACCUCUAUCAGAAAGUUAAAAUUCUUUGCUGGGUUAUGACCGGCCCUCAAAACCUAGAGAAAAAGGCCAAACAUGUCAAAGCUACAUGGGCCCAGCGUUGUAACAAAGUGUUGUUUAUGAGUUCAGAAGAAAAUAAAGACUUCCCUGCUGUGGGAUUGAAAACCAAAGAAGGCAGAGAUCAACUAUACUGGAAAACAAUUAAAGCUUUUCAGUAUGUUCAUGAACAUUAUUUAGAAGAUGCUGAUUGGUUUUUGAAAGCAGAUGAUGACACAUAUGUCAUACUAGACAAUUUGAGGUGGCUUCUUUCGAAAUACGACCCUGAAGAACCCAUUUACUUUGGGAGAAGAUUUAAGCCCUAUGUAAAACAGGGCUACAUGAGUGGAGGAGCAGGAUAUGUACUAAGCAAAGAAGCCUUGAAAAGAUUUGUUGAUGCAUUUAAAACAGACAAGUGUACACAUAGUUCCUCCAUUGAAGACUUAGCACUGGGGAGAUGCAUGGAAAUUAUAAAUGUAGAAGCAGGAGAUUCCAGAGAUACCACUGGAAAAGAAACUUUUCAUCCCUUUGUGCCAGAACACCAUUUAAUUAAAGGUUAUCUACCUAGAACCUUUUGGUACUGGAAUUACAACUAUUAUCCUCCUGUAGAGGGUCCUGGUUGCUGUUCUGAUCUUGCAGUUUCUUUUCACUAUGUUGAUUCUACAACUAUGUAUGAGUUAGAAUACCUCGUUUAUCAUCUUCGUCCAUAUGGUUAUUUAUACAGAUAUCAACCUACCUUACCUGAAGAUAUACUAAAGGAAAUUAGUCAAGCAAACAAAAAGGAAGAUACAAAAGUGAAGUUAGGAAACCCUUGAAAGAAAAUCAUGAGUGAACAAAGGUAAAAUGUCUAGCAUUGCACUGAAAAAGGACUUCUGCAUUUCUGACAUAGAACACUGGAAUCCCAGUGAGGAAUUCUAAGUGAACAUUCCUUAUAGAAACCUUUCACAUGAAUGACUAUAAACUGAAGCUUUAAAUGAGCUGUGAAGUCUGUUAAAAUGUGUUUUGAUACAGUAAUAUAUAAAUAUAUCUAUAUAUAUGAAGAACUUGUGUUUUUAAAAUGGUGGCCAGGUAGAGGAAUUAGAAAAGAGAUUUUGUUGCCUGUUUUCUGACCAUCUGUAUUAUUGUCACUGAGAAACUAAAAUAAUUAAAUUUACUAAAACUAUACUGCACCAUGUUAGUAAUAAACAGAUCUGCCUUAAAGAAAAUUUUAGAAAUAUUGUUGCUCAGUGUUGUUAAUACAGCUCAAGAAUUGAGUUUAUAUUUGCAGUAUGAUAUAAAUGAUCCACCCCCCUCCACACACACACACACACACACACACACACACAGAGUUUUUGUCUAAUGAAAAUAUUGCUGUGAUUAUUUAUAAUUGGUAGUAUUUCUUCCAGAAGAAGCUAAAAUAAAACUGGCACUUACCCUGAAGUGCAUUAAUAAAACCACACUUUAAAAUUUUCAUGGGCCUUGACUAUAUUAUAUACUUGAUUCUAAUUGGUAAUCUUUUACGGAAUCUCUGUUGUCUCUCUUCUAAAUAUGUUUAGCCACUCUUGAAUACCAUUCUCCACUAUUAAUUUACUCAAACCAUUCAUAGCAUUUGUAAACAUGUAUUUUACAAUAUUUGUUCCCAAAUUUACCCAUUGUUAAUUAUGAGUAACUAAUAAAUUUAAUGCUAUUUGAGGAUGCUUUUCUUAUAACAGUGCCACUCUCAGGAAUUACUGACAUUUUAAAUUGAUUAUUUUAAACUCUUUCCAACUACAUAGUUACGGUUUAUUUCAUUGUCAUCCUGUUGAGAUGAGAACUUGUUUGUGCCUUUCAUAACUUGUUUAAAGCAGAGUUUUAAAAUUCAUUUAUAGGAUCUGAGGUGACUGUUAGUUACAGUGGCAAGAUUUUGACAAGAAUUAAAAACAAUAGAAAAUGGAGAGUGCUUAAACAAAAAUGUUAUAUAUUGAAAGAGUAGAUACUUAAUUUAUAAAUAAGUCUGAAGGUUGAUGCUAUUUUGGGAUAAUUGUUUUGCUAAUGGAUAGUUCUAACAACGCAGAAUUACCUAGUCAAGACUGUCAUCGAAAACAUUCACAAAUGUUUCAUUCUAUUUUUAGUGACUCUGUUUAAAGAGUUUCUGAAGGGAAAGAAAUUUUUUAUUUUUAUUAUGUUUAGCAGUACUCAGUGUGUCAUAACAGAAUAUUUUACAGACUUUCUAUGAGAUUAUUUUUAUGGUACAAAAGAUUUACAUUUCCCUUAUGUUUAUCAUUAUGCCAAUUUUACAUAGCUGUCGUGCCACUGACUCUGCUAUUUAGCUAAGUAAUUCCUUUUUUCGGAGACCGUCUCACUCUGUCCCCCAGGCUGGACUGCAGUGGUGCAAUUCUCCUGCCUCAGCCUCCCGAGUAGCUGGGAUUAUAGGCACGUGCCACCACACCCAGCCAAUUUUCAUAUUUUUAGUAGAGAUGGGGUUUUGCCACGUUGGCCAGGCUGGUCUUAAACUCCUGAACUCAAGUAAUCCACCCGCCUCGGCCUCCCAAAGUGCUGGGAUUACAAGUGUGAGCCACAGCGCCCAGCUAGCUAAGUAAUUUAUAUUUAUUGUGCCAAAACAUGUCAAAAUCAUGACCUCUUUGAAUGGUGUAUUUGAGAGGAUGUUCAUUUCAUUGGCUAACCAUGGACUACUCUGCCCACAUAGUGAAAACAUGCACCAAUUUUUACCUAUUAUCAUGGUAGUAUCAUCUGCCAAAAUUUCAAGGCAUUCAUUUGAUUCUUUGAACAGCUCUUCACCAUGGUGUGUACAUGAAUUUUCAUAUGUGUUACUUGACUAGAAGUAUAAAUGGUUUACUAUAAAUAUCCAAAAACCUUAAGAUUUGCUCAUAGGAAAUGAAUGUUGUGAUGAAUCCUGGGCUCUAGAGUCAGACUUGCUUGGAUUUAAAUUCUUGCUCCAACACUUACUGUUUUUGUAACCUUGAACAAUUUUACUUAAUCUCUCUGUGUCUCAGUUUCCUCAUCUGUAAAUUAGGGAUGAUAAUACUGCCUACCUCACAGGAUUUUUAUGAGGAUUAAAUAAAUGUAAGGUUCUUAGAACACUGUCUGUCCCAGAAUAGGGAGCAAUAAAUAGAAGACUGUAUUAUUAUUCUGUUACCUUGGAGUGUAAAUACUGCAUUUAAGUGAAUGAAAAAUUUGCUUUGACCAGAUAAGGAAAUAAUAGCUAUUAUUUAUCAAGUGCCAACUGUAUGCUAGGUACUGUACUUAGAUAAUCUGUGUAUAAUAGUGUUAAUCCUCAAAAUUUGGGUGUUUUUCCCCUAUUAUAGAUAAAGAAACUGAGGCUCAGAGAAUUAAAGUAACUUUGUCACUGUCACAAAGCUAGUAAGUAACAGAGGUAGGAGUUAUAUUCAAACCCUAUGUGUUCAUUUGAACCGUCUCAGGCUUGGGGUUAUUCAUUUAGCAUUAUUUCCAUUUUUAUGUAUAUGUUAUGUGAUAUCUGAUACAUUGGCCAGUAAUAGUCAAAUUAACCCAGCCAAAUUGUCAAAGUGAUUCUUAAACUGUGGUUCUCACACUUGCCCAGGAUGUUGUUAAAUGCAGAUCUGAAAACCCCAAUCUCAGAAAUUCUAAUUUAAGCAUGGGGCCCAAGAGUAUGCAUUCUUACCAGAUACCCUAGGGCAGCGAUUGUCAAAAGUGUGGUCCCAGCAAACAGCAUUAACAUCACCUGGGAACUUUGUUGGAAAUGCAGCCUCUCUCAGGGCUCCAUCUCAGAUCUACUAAAUCAGAUACUCUAAGGGCAGGGGCUAGCAGUUGUGUUUAAGCAAACUCUGCAGGUGUCUUUCUUAUCCUAGUUUGAGAACCAGUACCCAACAACCUACGUGAUUUUGGUGCAAAUAGUGUUUGAAACACACGAAGAUUACUGCCCCAUUACUAAGACAUUUUUCAAAAAGCAUGUUUUAAAUCACUGUAGUACAGGAUCACACUAUAUUAAAUCUAAAAUAAAGAUAAAUUAAAGGGUCAUUGGAUCAUUCAUUUUGGCCAAAUUUUUAGCUUCUCCAAAGUGACUAAUAUCAGGGCCCACAAUAAAAUCUGUAAUUCUCCAAGUUUAGUAAUUUUAUGUUGAGGCAGGAAGGGUUCAUUAAGUACUAAUAAGUACAUAAUUUAUUAAAAGCAUACAUAAGUGUCAUCAAAAAGUUCCACAAUUGUUAAAAAAAAAAUUGAAGUAGUAAAUGCUAUUUUAUAACAUACAUUUUUCUGCUAAUUCAUUGUUUUGUUUGACCUAAUAAAGCAAAAGAAAAACAAAAAAGCAAUUCUCCAAGUACUUCAUAGAGCACAUAAAAUCAGAUUUCAUGAUGAUGAUGUAUUCACUAUCUUUUAGAUUAAGAUCUUUGUUAUUUGGUAAAUGAUUUUAGUAUGGUUUCAAAACAAGGCUUUUGAUGUCUUAUGCUCUCUAAUAAUGGUAUGCUUGUAUUUUCUAGUGGAAAGUUCAUAAAGCAGAUUUUUGUCCCAGUUUGCUUUCAAAUACGAAUUUCAGAGGAGUUUUUCUUACUGUAAUGAGGUAUGAAAAUAAAUCACUGAUCAGCUCUUAAUAUUUUUUUAAUAUGGAAUUGGAUUUGAGCAUUAAAUUUGCUAACUGGUUAGUUUCACAGUUUUCUUGAGUAUUAAUUUUUCCCUUGAGACUGUCAAACUAUAGUUAUUACCAGGUUGAUGCACUAUUUAUUAUACUUGAAAGAAUCCCUUGAUUAAAUUAUAAUUAGCAUUUUAUUUGCCAUUUAAGUUUUCAGUUCAUUAGACUAUUAUUCUUUGACGGUUUCUGCCUUGUGUUUAUUGCCCUUCUUUAUUUGCUUUAUUACUAACUUCCAUUUUCUAGUUACUCUUAAAUGCUGCCUUCACAGGGUUAAUUUGGCUGUUAAUAGUGAUUAGAAUUUUUAUUACUUAAUUGAUAAUUUUAAACCUACUAACUAGGGUUCCCUAUAAAACGGAAAGUAAAAGUCUAAGAAUAAUGCCUGCUGGCUUUGGAGAUACUUGCCCUGCUUAAAACUCUAUAAUUUUAAAUUAAUUCUACAUCUACAAUUAUUAAAGGAAGUUGUUAUUUGGAUUCUUCCACUCACCCUUUUCUCAAAAACAACAACAAAAAAAUCUCAUUUGCUUUAUUUUUCUGCUUUAUAGUAGGCCUGACAGAAACAUACCGAAGCAAUCUGGCAGACGUGUGGUAGAUUUUAUGCUAAAUGUUAAUGUAACCUCUGUUGAUUUUUUUAAAAAUGUGUUUAUAUAUAAGAUUUGAAAUAAAAACUUUAAUACAGGCUAGAAUAAGGAAUUUUACAAAUUCUCUUUAGAGAAACCAACUCUAAAGUUUUAGAGUUGAAUUGUGCUCUAUUUCAACUCCCUUACCUCUCUAGUUUUCAGUUUAUAUUAAGUUUUAGUAACUUUGCAGGGCCUUGCAAAUUAAUAACCUACAUGAAGUAUAUUAUUAGAGGGAAACUAAUCUUACUGCUGAGCAGUGUGUUGUACUACAUAGUGAAUGUUUGUGUUUUGGAAUUUAAAAAUUAUUUAAGGUAAUGGUGUUAUGAAUGGUUUAAAAAUGUCUGGUGACUUGCUUAUUUUAAGUGAUCACCAUUAAGUCAGAAAAAUGUAUUUUUAAAUGUUUCUUGAAGUGCCUUUUGAACAUUUUUAAACAGCGGAUUUAAAUAAUGCAUAAAAUAAAUUGCCGUGUUCAAAGUU